AUGGCCCUGGCCUGUGCCCACUCCCCGGGCUGUGUCACGCUGGGGGGCUGCUGCUCGCCACUCCCCCAGCUCCGGCACAGCAGCGCCUGCAGCUCCGCGCCCCUCCGGGCCUGCCUGGGGCAGCUGGCGAACGCCAGUGUGGCACGGCCCUUUGCUCUCCCGCGGCCCGUUAGGUUUGGCCUGGGCAGGACGUGCCUUCGGCUCCGUGCCACUCGCCGAGCAGGGCCCCGCCGUGCUCCCACCCCGCUCCCGGCUCAGUGUGGAGCAGCCCCCGGGCCGGAUCCUGGGGAUUGUAGAUGCUACGUGGCUGCCGGUGGGCAGGACGGGGAGGUGCAGAAGGCUCAGCGGGCAGCCGAGGCCAGUGAGGAGCCAGGCCAGCGGCCCCCGACCAUCUUCAGCAAGAUCAUCGACCGCACCAUCCGGGCCGACAUCCUCUACGAAGAUGACAAGUGCCUCGCCUUCCGGGACGUGGCCCCGCAGGCCCCCGUGCAUUUCCUGGUGAUCCCCAAGCACCCCAUCCCCAGGCUGAGCCGCGUGGCUGCGGGGGACGCAGAGCUCCUGGGGCACCUGCUGGUGGUGGCCAGUCAGACGGCGAAGGUGGAGGGGCUGGUGGAUGGCUACCGAGUGGUGAUCAACGACGGGAAGCGGGGGUCUCAGUCCGUCUACCACCUGCACUUGCACGUGCUGGGCGGGCGUCAGAUGGGCUGGCCCCCAGGCUGAGCUGUAGCUGGAGCGACGGGAGCAGCGGAUGGAGCACCAGCCCCCCCUUGUCAAACCGACUCCUCAAUUAAAGCGCAGUGAGAGA